AUGAACACCGAGGAGCAGUAUUACGCCUCGGCGCAGCUCUACAAGGAGUCGUGCGCGUUUCAGAGAGCCCCGGCGCAGGAUUACAACCCCAGCCCUCCCGCCUGCCUGUACAUGAGCAGGCAGCAGCAGACUCCUUACCCCAGUGCCUUAGGGGCUCUCGAGCAAGGCAGCCCGCCAGACAUUUCACCUUACGAGGUGCCCCCCAUCACAGAGGAUGCCGGGGUCUCCCACCUUCAUCACCAUCACCACCACCCUCAUCUUCCUCCUUCCCACCAGGACGCUCUGCCUUUCACUGACGGGGCGGAUACGGGGGUGAUAGAGGAGCCUCGAGUGCAGGUGCCUUUCGCCUGGAUGAAGUCCACCAAAUCGCACUCCUGGAAGGGACAGUGGACCGGGGGAUCCUACGCGGUGGAGCCGGAGGAGAAUAAGCGGACGAGGACGGCGUACACCCGGGCGCAGCUGCUGGAGCUGGAGAAAGAGUUUCUCUUCAACAAGUACAUCUCCAGGCCGCGGCGGGUGGAGCUGGCUGUCAUGUUGAACUUGACCGAGAGGCACAUCAAGAUCUGGUUCCAAAACCGGCGGAUGAAGUGGAAGAAGGAAGAGGACAAAAAACGAGGGGCCGGUAACAAUGACCCCGAGCAAGACUGUGUGGUCCAGGGCAAGGAGGAUCUCCAGGCGUGCACCCCUGGGAACCUGCCCUCAGGAGACCCCAGGGAACUGCUCGCCCCCAACCUCGCCCCUAGAAGGCAGCAGGACUCUCGGUGA